AUGCCUCGUCCAAGGUCAGGACUCAUGUUUCCUCGCCGAAUAACCGCUAUUUUUACUUCGAGUCUGAUCGUGUGUGCGCUGCUUUUGGUAUACUCCUACUUGAACAGUGUAUUAAUCGAUCAGCCGUCCCAGAAGCACUUCCUAUGGACCGUCGAAAGCCACUUAUACUCCUCCACGGUCCGCAAACUAUACAAUCCCUACAUACACCCCAUUACUAGAACCAUAUUUAUUGGCCGCACAGGGAAAGCCUUCUGGGUUGCGGAGCCAUUAAGGUUCACCGAACCAUUAGGAAAGAAGAUCCUCAUUUUGGACGCCGAUAGUCGGGAUCUUGAUGGCCCUCAAGGUCUUUUGAGCAAGGUUCCAUUGAACGCGACUGGACUUCCUCCGGAUGUCAGUGGAAGACUCAACCAUUACAUGUUCGCAAUGAUCCAUGGCUACGAUUACCGACUAGUUCAGAUCCCCAGAGCAGUCGGGCGAAGUGGAACAUGGAUCAAAGUCACCGCCAUCAAAGAAGCGUUGGAACACUACGAAUACGUUGUAUUCAUGGAUUCAGACGCCAUGAUGCCGUACCCCAAUCUACCCAUGGAAUGGCUAUUCAACUACUGGGAGAUCACUCCGGAGACUCUGGUUGCCAUGGCGCUCGAUCCAGAAGCACCUCACAACCUUGAUUGGAACGGCCGGACAUUUCUCAACACUGGAUUUAUUAUUGCCCAGCAAAGCCCUCGCACCCAUGAACUCUUUGAGGCGUGGGACGAUUGUCCCACUGAAACGCGCUAUCCAGACUGCGCUAAAUGGGGCCGAGAAUGGCCACAUGAGCAAUCUGCAUUUGGGAACCACGUCAGAGGCAAAUGGGUGCCCAGGGGUCGCAGCUACGGGAUGUGUCGGGGAGUUGGUGAGGCACUAUUGGGGUGA